UUCUGGCUCAAGAGGCCGCGGCGGCAGCCCCGGGCGCCGCGCACCCUCGAGUCAGGGCCCCCCCCCCCUGCUUCGUCCGACCCGAUCGUCGACCCGGGCCUGGGGGCCGCCUUCGGCGCUGGCGCGGGCGCCUGCCUGGCGUCCGCCGCGCUGCUGCUGGUCCUGGCGUCCGUGCCCCGGCGGCUGGGGGAGGGCGCGGGCCGCUGCCUGCGGCGCCUCUCCGCCCCCUCGGCGGACUCGUGCCCCCGGUGGCUCGGCCCCUGGGACGCGCUCUGCACGGCGCCUGGCAGGUCCGCGGCGGUGGCCGCGGCUGUCCCGUUGGCUGAGGCCGAGGGCCUGCGCGUCUUCGUGGCCGGCAUCCCGUGGAAGAUCGACGAGGAGGUCCUGAAGAGGGACUUCGAGGAGUGCGGGGCGGUGGAGGACAUCUUCCUCCUCAGAGACCACGAGGGCAACAGCAAGGGCAGGGCGUUCAUCACCUUCCGCGACAGCGCGGCCGUGGAGGCCGCGCUCAAGUUCGACAACACUCCGUACGGAGGCAGGACUAUCUUCGUGAAGGUGGCGAACGAGAAGAAGAAGGGGACGCCUGCUGGUAAGGCUGAUGCUGCCAAGGGUCCAGUCGCCAACAAGGUCGAGGCUCAGAGCAAAGCCCCGCUUCGGGAGGCUGUGAAGACUGCCGACAGGGACUUCCCGACCGACAAGGCCACGGGCUGCGUGUCGCUGUGCCUGAAGAACAUCGGUGACGCGACACAAGCUGACGUCCGCACUUUCCUGAAAGACUGCCUCGUGCAGUCCGUCCGCAUCGUGACGGACCGAAAGACCGGCAUGGCCCGUGGCAUUGCAUUCGUCGACUUCCCUGCCACCGAGGAGGUUGACGAGGCCAUGGCCCGAAACGGGAAGAGGCUGCACGGCCUCGCGGUGGCCCUGAGCUACGAGGCGCCCCGGGAGCGCCCGCGGCCCGAGGGCUGCACGUCCGUGGCCGCGAAGAAGCUCGGCCCGCACACGACCGAGAACCAGAUCCGGAAGCUCUUCCGGGGCCUGGAGUCGCUCUCCGAGGUGCGCCUCAUACCCAGAGAUCCAGCGUAUUGA